AUGGCUUACAGUGGCCGUGAUGAAGAGACACUCCCUCCUCUCGCUGUCAUCGGUCUGUCCCUAAAGUUCCCUGAAGAUGCAACAUCGCCCGAAGCGUUCUGGGAUAUGCUCAUGCAAGGCCGGUGUGCCUCACGCGAGUUCCCGCCAGAUCGAAUGAACAUAGACGCCUACUGUCAUGAUGACCGAGAACGACUUCAUGCCGUCUCCUGCCGAGGCGGCCAUUUCAUGGCAGAGGAUCUCGGCCUCUUUGAUGCGCCGCUUUUUGGCAUGACCGAGGCCGAUGCAAAGGCCAUUGAUCCUCAGCAACGCCUGGCUUUGGAAACGGUGUACCGCGCAGUAGAAAAUGCUGGACUUCCACUCGACCGGAUUGCGGGCUCGAAGACCAGUGUGUUUGCAGGCUCCUUUUGCAAUGAUUAUCACAUGCUCCAGAUCAAAGACCCGCUGAACGUGCCCAAAAGUGCCACUGCUGGUAGCGGCCGAAAUAUGAUCGCUAACCGAAUCAGCUGGUUCUUUGACUUGCUAGGCCCUAGUGCAACGAUUGAUACUGCUUGUUCGAGCAGUCUAAUGGCGGUCGAUUUGGCGUGUCAGUCUAUUUGGGGUGGCGAUGCUACUAUGGGUGUUGCCAUUGGGUGCAAUGUGAUUCUGGCGCCGGAGGUGACUAUUGGUCUCGACAACCUUGGGUUAUUGUCUCGCGACAGCCGCUGCUUUAGCUUCGAUACUAGAGGAAACGGAUACGCCAGAGGCGAGGGUAUUGGUGCUGUAAUCAUUAAACGCCUUGAUGAUGCGGUAUCUUGUGGAGAUACUGUUAGAGCUGUUAUUCGAUCGUCUAGCUCAAAUCAGGAUGGCAAGACCCCUGGAAUCCUGCAGCCAAGUAAAGACGCACAGGUGCGUUUGAUUCGCGACACCUAUUCGAAAGCUGGACUGGACAUGGGUGAAACAAGGUACUUUGAAGCACAUGGCACCGGGACCCCUGUUGGCGAUCCUAUUGAGACCAGGGCCAUUGGCACCGCGUUUCGCCCGUAUCGAUCAAGUGGUGAGCCUUUAUAUGUUGGCUCGGUAAAAUCCAACAUCGGCCAUCUCGAAGGUGCCAGUGGGAUAGCAGGUUUCAUCAAAGCAGUUCUUAUUUUGGAAAAGGCACUUAUGCCUCCAAACAGCAGUAAUCUGCAGACCGUGAAUCCCCAGAUAGAUGAGGAGUAUCUGAGACUGAAGAUUCUAAGAAACGCCGUCGCAUGGCCAGGUACCGGCUUGCGACGGGCGUCUGUAAGCUCCUUUGGAUUUGGUGGAUCAAAUAGCCAUAUUGUUCUCGACGAUGCUUACAACUUCUUUCGCUUGCAUGGAAAGGAAGGCCACCAUCAAACUGCCAUAGUGCCUCCAUUCGUGGGGGUCGAUGGGAUACAGCUAAAUGGUCAUGAAGGAUCUGACCACCAUUCCCCCCAUAUAUCCCGUGUAAAUGGCGCCAGCCAUGGUACCUGUCACGCAGACCCUCACUUGCUUGUGUGGUCGGCAGCAGACAAAGCUGGGAUCGAACGACUGGCAGAGAGCUGGAGAUCGUACUUUUCAGUCAAAGCAAACUCAGGUCUCGAUGUGAAUACUUAUAUGCGGGACUUAGGAUACACCUUAUGCAAUAGGCGGAGUCAUUUAGAGUGGAGGACGUUCGUCGUUGCGAAGCCAGCGGAAACCGUGCAAGACCUGACUCUACAAUUCGCGCCAGCGACUCAAUGUCUGGAUUCGCCACAUCUGGCUUUUGUUUUCACCGGACAAGGAGCCCAGUGGUACGCGAUGGGCCGUGAGUUAAUCGGUCAAUAUGAGGUUUUCACCGACAGUCUAUCCGAGUCAGCGACGUACCUUGCGGAGUUUGGAUGCGAAUGGGAUGUAUUCAGUGAGCUACAGAAACCAGCGUUGGAAUCGAAUGUGAACGACCCGGCCUACGGUCAGCCACUCUGCACUGCACUUCAAAUCGCCCUGGUCGAUCUUCUCGAGAGCUGGCAUGUUGUGCCGGCUGCAGUUGUCGGCCACUCGUCUGGAGAGAUUGCCGCAGCAUAUUGCGCUGGGGCGUUAUCAAAACGGUCUGCAUUGAAGGUCGCAUAUUUCAGAGGCUUACUGGCAGGACAGCUGGGAAAAUCCAGUAACAUGAAAGGAGGCAUGCUUGCUGUUGGGCUAUCGAAAGGGGAUUUCCGGAAAUACCUUGAUCAACUUGCUUCGCAGUUCGAAGCGUUGAAGGUAGUGGUUGCUUGCGUCAACAGUCCGAACAGUGUGACAGUAUCUGGACAGCUGGAGCAGAUCGACACGUUGCAUGUUCUUCUAACUGAAGACAACGUGUUUUCUCGAAAACUGGCUGUCAAUGUUGGCUAUCACUCAUUCCAGAUGUCUGAAAUAUCUGAGCAGUAUUGUUCCGCUCUUGGAACGUUGGAGGUUCCCCCAAAGCGGAAGAAACCGCCAUUCAUGGUAUCAUCUGUUACUGGUGCAUUAGUAUCAGAUGAACAGCUGAUAGACCCCGAGUACUGGGUAAACAACAUGGUCUCACCGGUAUUGUUCAAUGAUGCAGUGGGCUAUUUAUGCGCUCAGACGAGCAAGACCCCUCGAAAGAUUGAUGGUAGUCACCGUCGCACUAUUGCAAUUGACCAUUUUUUGGAAAUCGGUCCACAUUCGGCACUGCAAGGACCAUGUCGGGAUAUUAUCAAAGCGACAAACAAAACCGACAAGAUGGGUUACGUUCCUUUGCUGGUACGCAAUCGCUCUGCCUUGGUAUGUGUCAUGGAAAGCGCAGGCCGUCUUCACUGCAGCGGGUAUCCGAUCAACAUAUCAGCUGUCAAUGUUGAUAGAGCUCUGGUAAAGCCUCAGGUAUUAAGCGACCUACCGGAGUAUCCAUUCAAUCACACCACUCCGUACUGGCACGAAAGCCACCUGAGCCAAGGCUACAGGCUCCGCAAGCACGCCUAUUCAGAGCUGCUCGGCAUCCCCGAUCCCAAUGGGAAUCCCAUGGAAGCCACCUGGCGAAACAUCAUUCGGGGGUCAGACAUGCCGUGGGUGCAGGACCAUAAGAUCAACAACGCCGUCCUGUAUCCGGGCGCUGGGAUGGUGGUCAUGGCAGUCGAGGCGAUCAAGCAACUGGCGGAUCUGGAUCGAGUGAUCAUAGGUUUCAACAUCCGGGACGUGGCGUUUUCGUCCGCGCUACAGAUCCCUACCCAUGCUGAAGGAAUCGAGGUUAAUGUCAACUUGAAACGCGUCACAGAUGGAAAGUCAGACAGCACGGGAUGGUUUGAGUAUCGGGUAUACGCCUACGACAAUGAUACGUGGGUGGAGAAUAGCACGGGGUCUAUCCAAGCGCUUUAUGAAUCCGCGGAGACGGGUCUGGAUCUCAAUGGUCGGGAGGAGAGGGAGUGGCAGGGUUUUCUUUUGCGGGGCUACAACGAUGCAGCACGGAUGUGUACAUCAUGCGUUGACUCUGAAGGGUUCUACAACCAUCUGAAUCUUUGUGGGUAUCAAUACGGACCUGCAUUUGCUGCAAUCCAAAACAUCAGUCGCGGAGAAGACUGCAACAGCUUCAUCUCAGACAUCCGGACAUUCCAGCCUGCAGGCGCGGCAUAUCCGACUCACACAAUCCAUCCGACAACAUUAGACGCCAUCGUCCAGAUGGCAGCGGGACUAGUCACCGAUAUAGGCGGACGCACGACAAACGUCGCUGUGCCAACUAGAAUCGACCGCCUUUGGCUAUCCAGCACCGGUCUGAGCCAUCCAUCUGCAGAUAUCCUGAAAGCUCACGUGGCGUGCAGUCGAUCUACCGUCGGAUACACCCAUUACUCCAUGACAGCAGUGGACAGAACUGCCUCCACUGCACUUUUGACGCUCGAAGGCUUGAAAGUAACCACCAUUGCAAGUACAGAGAAUACACCUGUCUCAAGACAACUGAAGGCAGAUAAUCUCUGCCACUAUUUAGCGCAGCAGCCUGAAAUCGACCUGCUAGGAGAGGAAGAAACGCGGGCUCUUUUCGAAUACGACAACUCUCAAGAAGCGCCCAUACAGCACCUCACCGACCUGGACUUUCUUGCGACAAAUUACGUUUAUAGAUUUGCUGACUCUUACAGCGAGGACAGAGAAAACCUUCCAGCUCACUUGAACAAAUACGUGGACUGGAUGCUCGGCUACAAGGAAGCAAUGGAUCAAGGCUUGUCAGUUUUCAGCACAAAUGAGUGGAGAGAUCGCAUGAACGACGACCAAUACAUCAGCGAACUGCACAAGCGAGUCGAACAAGGCAGUAAGCGUGGACUUCUAAUCAGCACCGUCUGUCGGGACCUGUCCGACUUUCUGCGUGACCCGCUCACUCGUCUUUUCGAGAAUAAUCUCCUCGCGGAUGUCUACUUUGAAAUGCUCGGCGAAACGUCCAUCAAACCGCGUCUGGAGAAACUCAUCGCCGCAUUGGCCCACAAAAACCCCCGGAUGAAGAUCCUAGAAGUGGGCGCGGGAACAGGAGCCAUGACUGACCUGUUCAUCAAAGCGUUGACCAUGAAACUUGAAUCUGGGGGCAUGCCUCUAUACGCCCAGUGGGACUUCACCGACCUAUCGAGCUCUUUUUUUCCCGCUGCUCAGGGACAAUUUGCUGCGGAGGGACAGCGGAUGAGGUACAAGGUCUUGGACGUGGAGAAGGAUCCCGAGGUGCAGGGGUUCGAGUGCGGGACGUACGAUGUGGUUGUUGCUUUCUUGGUGUUGCAUGCGACUGCGGACUUGGCUGCUAGUCUCAGGAAUGUCCGGAAGCUAUUGAAAGUGGGAGGCAAGCUGCUUCUUUCGGAGAUUACUUAUCUCCAUCCUAUUCGAACGACUCUUAUCUUCGGCUUGCUGGAUGGGUGGUGGAGAGGCCGGGAGGAAUACCGCCAGACGAGCCCCUGUGUUAGUACCGAGAAAUGGGGAGAGCUUCUCAAAGGAACGGGGUUUUCGGGCUGCGAUAUCGUCGUGGAUGACUAUAUCGACGAAGUGUGUCGCGAGGGAAGCAUGAUCGUGUCGACGGCCGUUGCUCCACUGCGUACUGUGAAAUGGGGAGUGAAUAUUAUCCUGGACCCAACAGACGGAGGACAGGUUGAGCUGGCAGAGGCAGUUUCUGAUCGACUCCUGGGCAUGGGAGUGGCCAUCACGAGUGGAGGUCUGAAUGACAUGUCCGGAAGGGAGCUGACAUCGGAAUUGAUAGACAUCUCUCUCUUGGAAUCUACGGCCCCUUUUCUCUACGAUAUGAACAAGACGGAAUACGGAGGGCUUCAAGAACUGGUGAAAUCAACAAAGAACCUCAUCUGGGUCAACGAAGGCGGAGGACAUCAGCCGUUCCCCAAGUACCGACUUGUUGAUGGGCUUUUUAGAGUGCUGGCGGGGGAGAUAUAUAGAGUGAGGCUGACGACUCUCUCUCUUGAGCGAAACACUCCGAGAGAACAUCAGGUCGACCAGAUAAUGAAGAUAAUCCGCUCAGUUACCACAGAUCGAGAUACGGACUCGGAAUACACGGAGAUCGACGGGAUCCUUCACACCAGCCGCCUAGUCCCCGCCAGGUCUGUGUCCCAGGACGUUGCCAAAAAGGUGCUGCUGCAGCAGAGGGAAAUGAAAGCGUAUGGCUCAGGGCCGCCAAUGAAGAUGACCAUCGGCUCGCCCGGUCUUCUGAACACACUUCAGUUCGUGGAGGACCGGACUCUGGAGCCUUUGGGUCCGGACGAAAUAAAGAUCAAGGUCCGAGCAGUGGGACUGAACUUCCGGGAUGUGCUUGUCGCACUGGGCAGACUGGAAAGCGACACCCUCGGGGCUGAGUUCGCGGGCGAGGUAGUCCAGGUCGGAGACUCGUGUCAGCGGUUUCAGCCGGGGGAUCGAGUGGUUGCCUUCCAUCCGAGCCGCUACGCGAAUUAUGUCCGCAUUCGCGAGGACAUGCCCAUCAAGAUUCCGACCGUGAUGGAUUUCGUGGCGGCGGCGGCUGUCCCGGUGGCAUAUGCCACUGCGUGGAUCACGCUGAACCAAGUCGCACGACUCCAGCCCGGGGAGUCGAUUCUGAUUCACUCCGGGGCCGGAGGAACAGGCCAGGCGGCCAUCCAGGUAGCCCAGUACCUGGGAGCAAAGGUCUUCGCGACGGUGUCAACCGAGGAGAAGAAGCAGCUCCUGAUAGACCGGUAUCACACCCCAGCAGAGCAGAUCUUCUCCAGCCGGAAUACGCUCUUCGCCAAAGGAAUCCGACGGCUUACCGCCGACCGCGGUGUAGACGUGGUGUUGAACUCGUUAUCUAGGGACGGACUGAUCGCGUCGUGGGAAUCGGUUGCGCCGUACGGUCGCUUUGUGGAGAUCGGGAAGAAUGAUAUCUUGAGCAACACCAAGCUUCCCAUGCUGCAAUUCGAGAAGAGCGUCAGCUUCACGGCCAUUGACCUGGCGGGGAUGAUGGUCGAUCGGCCGCAGGUAAUCAACUCGGCGUUGCAGACGAUAUUCUUCCUGCUUGGUGACGGCACGCUGACGCUUCCCCAUCCGUUGCAAACGUACGGUGUAUCGGAGAUCGAACAUGCCUUUCGGCAGAUGCAGACGGGGAGGAACUCGGGGAAGGCGGUAGUGGAGAUGCGAGAGACGGACCAGGUGAUGACGGUCCUUGAGACGAGGCCUUCCUUUUCGUUUGCAUCGGAUGCGACGUAUGUUAUUGCGGGUGGACUGGGCGGACUUGGCCGGAGCAUAUCCCGCUGGCUUGUUGAACGGGGCGCUCGCAACCUGAUCCUCCUUUCUCGAUCGGGGCAGGCGAGCCCGCAUGCGCGAAGCCUCGUAGAGGAGCUAGCAGGUAAAGGUGCCCGAGUGGUCACUCCUUCAUGCGACAUCACAGACGCUGCGGCGCUGCAAGGCGUGCUCGACGAAUAUAGCCACCUCCCCCCGAUCAAGGGCUGCGUGCAGGCAUCGAUGGUCGUCUGCGCCCACAACUUCGAAUCCCUAACCUAUGAAUCGUGGAAAUCCACCACGGGCCCCAAAGCCCAGGGGUCAUGGAACCUGCACGAGCUGCUCCCGCGCGGGAUGGACUUCUUCGUGCUGAUGUCCUCCGUGUCCGGGAUCUUCGGGGCCAUCAGCGACUCCGGCUACGCCGCAGGCAACACCUUCAAAGACGGACUGGCGCGGUAUCGCGUCGGAAUCGGCGAGAAAGCCGUCUCGUUGGAUCUGGGACCCAUUCUCACGGCCGGCUAUUUCAACGAUAACCCGGACAGCCGCGCGCAUUUCCUCGCGAACAGCGUGCUCGAUGAGAUUACUGAAUCAGAGCUUCACGCCCUGCUCGACAUCCACUGCGCCCCCAACCCCAACCCGCUCACCCGCCUAACCAGCCAAGUAGUAGUCGGCAUCACGCCCACCACCCUCACAAAAGGCCUGCACAAAGCCGACUGGCUCGACCGGCCUCUCUUCCGGCACCUCUCAGCCACAGACCCAGCGCACAGCAGCAACAGCAACGCCCGCAGCGCAGAAGGCAUCUCCAACCUCCCCGCCCUCUUCGCAGCCGCGGAAUCCACCACCGAGGCGACCGGAAUCGCCAUGCGGGCCACCCGCGAGAAACUCUCGCUCAUGCUGAGCGUCCCGGCCGAUCAGAUCGACACCGACAAGCCCCUGCACCAAUACGGGGUGGAUUCGCUGGCGGCGGUGGAGCUCCGGAAUUGGUUUGCGCGCGAGCUAGGCGCGGAUAUUGCCAUGUUUGAUAUUCUGGGGGGGGCGAGUGUCGCGUCGGUGGUGGGGUUGGCGGUGGGGAAGAGGUAG